AGUAAAUGUAUCUUUGCGAGCAGAUAAAUCUUUAGAUAUUCUCAAGAUGUUAAAGUUGGCUAUAUGUACUUUUAAUCAGAAUGCAAUUACACUUGGCUCGACUCACUUUUAUAAAAGUUCGGAUCAUUUGCGAGUUGAAACUAAGUGUAAUGAAAAGUCUCAAAAGAGAGGCCAGUGGCAUCUCAAACAGGUCUGUGAAGAUGGAGACUUGCAUUAUCUUUAUUCUGAUUUGACAAUAAAGAGAAGCGCUAACCCCAACCCUGUAGCAUUACUAGAACUUAUAGCAACAGGAUCUAUCCUAAAGUUAAAGAAACAUUUUGAACAAAUUUUUAA